GUUAAACCUCACUUCCGGGGGCAGAGUGAGUCCCGUAUGUUUCCAGAAGGAGGUUUGUCUCAGCUGCCCGGUCACUGUACAGCGUCCCGACGAUAUCCAGGUCCGACAUGUCCGAAGGAGACCUGAUGUCGGUGGAUUAUGAAAUAUUUGGCAGAGUUCAGGGUGUGUUUUUUCGGAAGUACACUCAAGCAGAGGGAAAGAAGCUUGGUCUGGUUGGAUGGGUCCAAAACACGGGCACAGGAACUGUCCAGGGGCAGCUACAAGGGCCACGUAGCCGGGUGAAAGAAAUGCAAGAAUGGUUGAAAUCCACUGGGAGCCCCAAGUCACACAUAAGCAAGGCGGAGUUCAAGAAUGAGAAGAUGGUUGACAACUUAGAACACUCGUCUUUUAAUGUAGUAAAAUAACCCAUAGAUUGUGCCGGUAAUAUUAACUUUAAGUGGAGAUGUGUUAUUUAUUUAGUGUUUUUAUUGGUUGGAAUGCAACCUCAUAUAUUGAAUUGAAAAUAUCUUAGGUCUCCUUGACAUCUACAAUACAAAUAAAUGGGGAAAAAAAAAAAUUAA